AUGCGGUACGAGAGCUGGGAUGUGAUUAUUUUCCAGGAGACUUCCAAGGUACCUGUCCGGGAGUUCAAAACCCAAUGUUUUGUGACUCCUGAUCGAGACUCCCCCUAUCUACACAAUCCGGGGUUUCUCAACCCAGCCGCCUAUUACCAAACCCAUGGCAACUUGGGCCAGCUUCCAGUUCUCACCACCUUCAUUCCAAGUAUGGCCACCAACACCCCCUUUCGGGUGUCCGUCCACUGCUGGGACCAACCCCAGCCGAGCCGGUUCAUGGAAAGCCUUCUGCAGCCGGAUGAUGUACUACUCUUCGAAGCCAGAGUUUUUGUGGAUGGAUUAUGUGUUGCGGGAAGCGUUUUCAGUCAGAGAUCGAGCUGGCCUCAGUGCCUAACGAACUCUAUAGAUGUUGAUAAGAACGGCAACCAGGACUUGCUGCGUUUCCCACCAUUUCACCAGGAGAUCCUGGAACAAAGGCACUGGGAUGCAAGUGACCUCCACGGUAGGAUUCGGGUCGUGCUCGCCGAGGGAUUUUCCCGUCCAAACAGAAACCCACCAUUUGAGCGAGUCAAAGAAACAAUCGCCUUUUCCUUUCAACACGCCCCUUUACGCAAGUUACAAUCCUGGUGCUCAAGCAUUGCCUGGCCAAAUGCUUCUCUGUGGACCAGAGAGCCACGUCCUUUCAAGUACCAAUCCAGAACUUGUUUGAGCGACUUGAGAGAUCCCGAGGACGCACAUGCCCAUUCACCAACAAGACAUAAUAAUAAUUUCCAGCAUCCCCUAACCACAAACAAUCAAAUUAUUAACAACCCUGCACUACAAAACCCUUGGAAAGGUAACCCCUACCCGGGGCAUAUACCACAAUGGCAAGGCCCCUACAGAGAACCCAGAUGGGCCCCCCCAGAUACGGCAUUUGUUGAUCCCUUUAUCGAUCCGUACGUGCUUGACCCAUCUGCGCGUCAUCGCGGCGCAAGACCAUCCUGGGAGGAUAUAUCCAUGCCAGAUUAUAUCUCAAGUUCGACUAGCAGUCGGGCAAUCUCCAACAUGACCGGUAUUAGUUACGAACAUAGCAAGCACCCUAGCAUAGUCUCCCCGAUCAACGAGGAACCUUACAGCCAGUUUAUCGAAGCUCUCAGUCCCCCCAAGCCGCUUUCUUGCAGCACCCAGCCACAGAAUAGUGCACCUUCCACCAGUAUAUUACCUAUGGGAGCCAAGCUUUCCGCUGCCGCAGAAGCUCGGUCCGUCUCCUAUUCUAAGGGUGGAAGCCGCACCUCUGCCUCUGUUCUGAAAGAGAUAUCUUGCCCAGGAACCAGGGAUGUAUCUGGAUCCAGUGCGAAAUCAAACGCUGGUCCAACGGACCCCACUGUAGAACGAGUAGUGGCUGCGAAACUUCAUCCUAACCUGAGUGGCGCUGUCAAGGGUAAAAAGGAGGGGAUAUCCUUGGAAAAUAAAGAGAAUGAAGUGGAAACCCCACGCAAAGACAACGACAAGGCACACCAAACCCAUUCCAAACUUACCUUGCAUACCAGCGGUAACAUGGAAACUCCCACUGAUGCUCGAAGGAAGCUCUCUGUUUCGAGUCGCGAUGAGUGUCAUACUGUCCAUAAAGGAGAGACGGUACUUCUAUCUCCGUCUCAGGAUCUAUCUUGUACGGGAGAUCACACUCUUCAAGCUAAUUUGGACUGCUUCCUCGAUUCACAGCCAACGCUCGUAACCGCCACAGCUGGAAUUGAGGAGAUUGAGUAG